UCGGAGCUGGACAGAGAAAGUCUCAGUCUGGGGGUCCCGACGACUUUCCAGGUCUCUCCCUCCUGAGCAGCGAUGGGGGCGGGUCGGAUCCUGGGGGCCGGGAGCGGCUGGGCUGGGGCUCUGCUAGUGACACUGGCGGUGCUGAGAACCCACCCGGCUCAUUGCACGGAGCCCCCAGGGCGGUUCCUGCACCAGGGGAAGUCUGAGUGUUACUUCACCAACGGCACCGAGCGGGUCCGGUACCUGCGCCGCUACAUCUACGACCGGCGGCAGAUCGCGCACUUCGACAGCGACGUGGGGCUGUGGGUGGCGGACACGGAGCUGGGCCGGCCGAGCGCUGAGUACUGGAACAAGGACCCGGCGUUCCUGGCGGACAGGCGGGCUGCGGUGGACCGGUUCUGCCGGAACAACUACAGGGCGUGGGAGCCUUUCACCAUCAACCGGAGAG